AUGGAUCCUAGUCCCAGUACAUGCAGCCAGUGUGGGAAAAUUUACUACACCAUUGACGCGGGUAAUGUCACCACGCAGCAAUAUUGCCAAACCUCGCAACAGCUUCCCCAAGCCUCGCAACAGCUUCCCAAAGCCUCGCAACAGCUUCCCAUAGCCUCGCAACAGCUUCCCAAAGCCUCGCAACAGCUUCCCAUAGCCUCGCAGCAGCUUCCCCAAGCCUCGCAGCAGCUUCCCAAAGCCUCGCAACAGCUUCCCAUAGCCUCGCAGCAGCUUCCCAAAGCCUCGCAGCAGCUUCCCCAAGCCUCGCAGCAGCUUCCCCAAGCCUCGCAACAGCUUCCCCAAGCCUCGCAGCAGCUUCCCAAAGCCUCGCAGCAGCUUCCCAAAGCCUUGCAGCAGCUUCCCAAAGCCUCGCAGCAGCUCCCCAAAGCCUCGCGGCAGCUUCCCCAAGCCUCGCAGCAGCUUCCCCAAACCUUGCAGCAGCUUCCCAAAGCUUCGCAGCAGCUUCCCCAAGCCUCGCAGCAGCUUCCCCAAGCCUCGCAGCAGCUUCCCAAAGCCUCGCAGCAGCUUCCCCAAGCCUCGCAGCAGCUUCCCCAAGCCUCACAGCAGCUUCCCCAAGCCUCGCAGCAGCUUCCCAAAGCCUUGCAGCAGCUUCCCAAAACCUUGCAGCAGCUUCCCAAAGCUUCGCAGCAGCUUCCCAAAGCCUCGCAGCAGCUUCCCAAAGCCUCGCAGCAGCUUCCCAAAGCCUCGCAGCAGCUUCCCAAAGCCUCGCAGCAGCUUCCCAAAGCCUCGCAGCAGCUUCCCCAAGCCUCGCAGCAGCUUCCCCAAACCUUGCAGCAGCUUCCCAAAGCUUCGCAGCAGCUUCCCAAAGCUUCACAGCAGCUUCCCAAAGCCUUGCAGCAGCUUCCCAAAGCCUUGCAGCAGCUUCCCCAAGCCUUGCAGCAGCUUCCCAAAGCCUCGCAGCAGCUUCCCCAAGCCUCGCAGCAGCUUCCCCAAGCCUCGCAGCAGCUUCCCCAAGCCUCGCAGCAGCUUCCCCAAGCCUCGCAGCAGCUUCCCCAAGCCUCACAGCAGCUUCCCCAAGCCUCGCAGCAGCUUCCCAAAGCCUUGCAGCAGCUUCCCAAAACCUUGCAGCAGCUUCCCAAAGCUUCGCAGCAGCUUCCCAAAGCCUCGCAGCAGCUUCCCCAAGCCUCGCAACAACUUCGCCAAGCCUUGCAGCAGCUUCCCCAAGCCUCGCAGCAGCUUCCCCAAGCCUCGCAGCAGCUUCCCCAAGCCUCGCAGCAGCUUCCCAAAGCCUCGCAGCAGCUUCCCCAAGCCUCGCAGCAGCUUCACCAAGCCUCGCAGCAGCUUCCCCAAGCCUCGCAGCAGCUUCCCAAAGCCUCGCAGCAGCUUCCCCAAGCCUCGCAGCAGCUUCCCCAAGCCUCGCAGCAGCUUCCCAAAGCCUCGCAGCAGCUUCCCAAAGCCUCGCAGCAGCUUCCCCGAGCCUCGCAGCAGCUUCCCCAAACCUCGCAGCAGCUUCCCCAAGCCUCGCAGCAGCUUCCCAAAGCCUCGCAGCAGCUUCCCCAAGCCUCGCAGCAGCUUCCCCAAGCCUCGCAACAGCAUAGCCAAGCCUCGCAGCAGCUUCCCAAAGCCUCGCAGCAGCUUCCCAAAGCCUCGCAGCAGCUUCCCAAAGCAUCGCAGCACCUUCCCCAAGCCUCGCAACAACUUCGCCAAGCCUUGCAGCAGCUUCCCCAAGCCUUGCAGCAGCUUCCCCAAGCCUUGCAGCAGCUUCCCCAAGCCUUGCAGCCGUAUGGCCAAGCCUUGCAGCAGCUUCCCCAAGCCUUGCAGCCGUAUGGCCAAGCCUUGCAGCAGCUUCCCCAAGCCUUGCAGCAGCUUCCCCAAGCCUUGCAGCAGUUUCCCCAAGCCUUGCAGCAGCUUUCCCAAGCCUUGCAGCAGCUUCCCCAAGCCUUGCAGCAGUUUCCCCAAGCCUUGCAGCCGUAUGGCCAAGCCUUGCAGCUGGUUAUGUCUGGCGAGUCCCAUCCCGACCCGUCCAACGCCAACUCAUCACCAGCCCCCGGCUCAUCACCAGCCCCCGGCUCAUCACCAGCCUCCGGCUCAUCACCAGCCCCCGGCUCAUCACCAGCCCCCGGCUCAUCACGAGUCACGCCAGAUUCAGACGCAUCUCAGAAUCGGCGAGGGGAUGGUUUGAACAUUCAGGUGAAUGGCGGGGUGUACGUAUUCUUUGGCCCCACGAUCAUCAUGCAAAACAAGGACAACACUUCAGGAAGUGGCAGAUUUUGA